CCUCCAUUGAGCAGUGGUGGGGGUCUGGAUGCUAUAUAGCUGAAUGUUGAUAUUCGAUCCUUUACCAGCAAAUGAUCCUACCACGCUGAGGGAAUCGUUGCUGGGGAAUGGGACCGCUGUCGCAUUGCUGUCCUAGCCCAAUCCUAGGCACUCGCGCUUUGUUCCUGAGCCUCUCCAAGUCCCGUUCCUGACAUGCACGCCCUUUGCGAAUUGGGGCUGACCCCGCCAUGAAAUCGACUGCACCGGCACUCUCCAGCCGGGGAAGGACAGACAGCCAUGACUCCUAACGACGCGAUCGUCCGGCACGCCCGCCGAGAAGACGUCCCCGCCAUCCUCGAACUGAUCCGCGAGCUCGCCGACUAUGAGCACGAGCUGCACAGCGUCGAGGCGACCGAAGCUAAGCUGCUCGAGACCAUCGCGUUCGCGCUCUCCGACACCUCCGUCGUCUCCACGACCCGCAGCCCACAGACAGAACCGACGUCUCCCUCCCGCCCGGCGCGGUGCCUGAUUCUGCUCACCCCGGCGGGCGAACCGGCCGGCAUAGCGCUGUACUUCUACAACUACAGCACGUGGCGCGCGCGCCCGGGCAUCUACCUGGAAGACCUGUACGUCAAGCAGAGCGAGCGCAAGAACGGCUACGGUAAGCGGCUGCUGGUCGAGCUGGCCCGCGAGGUGGUCGCCAUGCAAGGCGGGAGGCUCGAGUGGAGCGUGCUCAAGUGGAACGAGCCGUCCAUCAAGUUCUAUGAGAACAUCGGCGCCAGGAUGAUGAGCGAGUGGGUGGGCAUGCGCGUCGACGGGGAGGCGCUGACAAAGUUGGCCGCCCUGCUGGACUGAGUUGGGAAGGGGAGGGGUUGGUGCGAGCGAGCGAACGGGCGGACUUGGUUGGCAUGUAAAUACCAGGACGGCGACCUCAAUGUUU